AUGCUGUUACCAACAUUUAAUCGUCACUACCUGGGAGAACUCCUCAAAAGUGUGAACUCUGAAGUUUUCUACCUGACACCUUCAAGACAUUUACAGGAAGCCAAAAUAAAGAAUCCAGCUUCUCCAUUUGGAAACUUAUUUGUCCCAUCAGAUUUUGAACAUGGGCCAAGUGUACAGCUUCUAUCUAUCCGGGUACUGCGUUUACUUCAAAAACACAGAUGUAUCAACCUGUUCACUAUCUAUCUAUCUAUCUAUCUAUCUAUCUAUCUAUCUAUCAGCCUGUUCAUUAUCUAUCUAUCUAUCUAUCUAUCUAUCUAUCUAUCUAUCAGCCUGUUCAUUAUCUAUCAAGCUAGGUUGCUAUAUAUGUAUCUGUCAUCCUAUUCACUAUCUAUCUAUCUAUCUAUCUAUCUAUCUAUCUAUCAGCCUGUUCAUUAUCUAUCUAUCUAUCUAUCUAUCUAUCUAUCUAUCUAUCUAUCUAUCUAUCUAUCAGCCUGUUCAUUAUCUAUCAAGCUACCUAUCUAUAUAUGUAUCUAUCAGCCUGUUCUAUCUAUUAACUAA